ACGUGCAAAAUCUUUUGGCAAUCGUUCUGGAUUUUCCUUUAUAAUAGAGAAACUUCAUUUUCAAUUUAGUAUUGAAGUGAUUUUUUUUGUUGCACUGUUUCUUCUUUCCAUCUGUGUGCCGCGACGGGCUGUUUCCUUUUCGGGAAGAGAAAAUAAACACAAAUGAGGACGCUUCCUUCUGUCUGACUUCUAACACAAAGAUGGCCUAGGGAAACCAAUUUCUUACACCCAGGGUCGACUCGGGUGUCCCGGUCGGAUGUGCGGCGAGCCUGGAGUACGAGCAGCUAGAAAGAGAAUAAGCGAACCAGCGCGAAACAGGAGGAGGAAGAACUUGCCAUUUACUGUAAUGUACAGAAGAAGCUGACCUAAACACCAUGGAGAAAAGCGCAGUAGAUGUUAAAAAGGAGGAGGAGGAUAGUGAGUGGAAAUCUGUCUGCAUUAAACAGGAGAGUCUGAGUGUUAAAGAGGAGGAGUGUGAACUGGGGUUAGUGGCAGUUAAAGAAGAGCCAGAGGAGAUGUCUGUCGUAAUGGAUACACACAGAUGUAAAAGUGCAGACAACGUCAAGGAGGAAGACCUGAAAUUUGAGUCCGUCAUUCACCAUGGCUAUCACGAUGGCGGGUUAACUGAAUUGGCAAUGUCACGAAGGUCAUCUCUGGGGGCUUCCAUCAGUGCGAAUCCUCAUUUCUUACUAUCUGACAUAAAAGAAGAUGAAGAAAUCUCAUCGGGGAUAAUGCCGGAAGGUCAACCAACUUCUGGAGCAAAGGCGUGCAAGUGUUUCCUGUCUUCACUUCCUGUGACGUCUCUUCAGUGUAAACCUCAACACACAGAACAAGAUGAACACGUGAAGAAAUUGACAGCGGGAUCUGAGAAUUUGACCCUAUACUGUUUGCAAAAUAGCUCUGUGCCUGUUACAAUACGAAUGAGAACGGAUGGUACGAGCACACAACAGCAAGUGCCCAAUACAGUUUUACUGCUGGUGUAUUUGCACCAAGGUAUGAAGAAAAGUUUUAAUCCAGAAUCUCAAUGCAGGGAUAUGAAACAGAAGCCAUACUCCUGUUCUGAAUGUGGCAAAAGGUUUUCACAAACGCAAAGUCUUAAGAGGCACAUGCAGCGUCACAAUGGAAUGAACCCAUAUCGCUGUCCUGAGUGUGGCAAGCAGUUAUCAGACCAGCGCAGUUUUCAUAACCACUUAAGGCUUCACACUGGUGACAAGCCAUUUUGCUGUUCCGAAUGUGGCAAGCAAUUUGCACAAAUGAGCUCUCUUCAGAGCCACUCCAGAAUUCACACUGGAGAAACGCCGUAUUGUUGUUUGGAAUGUGGCAAACGCUUCUCUGCAUCGAGCAGCCUUCACAACCACAAAAAAAUUCACACGGGAGAGAAACCAUAUUGCUGUAUUGAAUGUGGCAAACGCUUUUCCAGGUGCGGCAACUUUCAGAGGCACACAAGGCUUCACACGGGAGAAAAGCUGCACUGCUGUACUGAAUGUGGCAAAAGGUUUGCACAAAAGCACAGUCUUGAGAAACACAUACAGCGUCACACUGGAGUGAACCCCUAUUGCUGUCCUGAAUGUGGCAAGCAAUUCUCGGACAAGCGCAGUUUUCAGACACACUCAAUGCUUCACACUGGCGAGAAGCCAUUUAGCUGUUCCGAAUGUGGCAAGCAAUUUGCACAAAUGAGCUCUCUUCAGGGCCACUCCAGAAUUCACACUGGAGAGACGCCGUAUUGUUGUGUGGAAUGUGGCAAACGCUUCUCUGCACUGAGCACCCUUCAGAACCACAAACGAAUUCACACAGGAGAGAAACCCUAUUGCUGUACUGAAUGUGGCAAACACUUCUCCAGGUGGGGCAGCCUUCAGAGACACACAAGGCUUCACACAGGAGAAAAGCCGUACUGCUGUAUUGAAUGUGGCAAAACGUUCUCGGAUAGUUCCAAUUUUCAGAGGCACACAAGAGUUCACACUGGAGAGAAGCCAUAUCACUGUUCUGAAUGUGGCAAGCUAUUUUCAGUGUUGGGCAGGCUUCAGAAACACAAAAAAGUUCACAUGGCAGCAGUACAACUGACCUCCCCUGACUAAAGAGUGAGGUUCACUCCUGUCUUGAUAGUAAAUUUAC